CUCAUCCAUCAGCCUCCCUUAUCAAUCCUUUCUCCAUCAUGGCUGAGCAUUCAGACGGCUUGGGGGAAUUCCUCAUCACACCGGAUGACACUUGGGAGGUCCAUAGGUUACCAUAUGGCGAUACAGUCCUAGGCUCUUUGAGAUAUGAUUGGUUCUCUGUCGAUACUAACGCUCCCCUGGGCGGCUUAUACAAUCUCGUGGACUACCCCAUGGUGGAGGUAUUAGAUGAUGUUUCGCUCAGGCCUGUCAAUACGCUUAUCAAUUCCCGGAUUUCACAAGAAGUGGACUUUCCCAAGAUAUCAGGCGCAUGGCGGUGCACUACUUGUCCGUCAAGCAGAUACUCGAGGCAGAAGGACCGGUCUCGCCAUGUAAUACAGCAGCAUCGUCGUCGACAUGGGUUUCGAACUUCAUCAUACAGCCCACAAGGUCUAAAGGCGCUCGAGUGCUACAUUGUUGCCCACCAGAAUCAUCCCAUCCCACUUGACUUGAGUAGCAUCCUCGCAAAAGGAAAACGAAGAAUCUCCAAUAGCAACGACAAUGUCAAGUCAAACACUUUGAUGACAAUCAAAAGCUCCGGUUUUCCUGAGCGCCGGAUCCCGAGGCUCCGCCAUCGAGCACGAAUCCGCGCACGUUGGCACCACUUCUCUGAAUGAGACUACUCACAUUUGAACCAUUGGAACAGCCCUAGAGAUACCCGCUUUGAUGUUCAGCUAGCGUACAAGAUUUACACGCUGGUUGAACAUCCUCCUCCAACCCACCCCUACAUGUUACAUAGCCCCAUUCAAGUCACCAAUCCCUCGAACUGGGUCUGAAUACGUCGGUUGACCUCUAUCAGACCCUACAAUCUUGGCCAAACUGAUUAACUAUCUCUCCCCAUUUCAGCUGCCAUCCCAAAAUGGCACCCUCCAACACUUACCAGCAGCAACAGCUGCUCGAGAUGGCUGAUUCAAUACCCAUGACGUAUGGCGACGAUAUUUUUAUGGUCGCAUCUCAUGCUCAAAGUUACUUUUCUAACCCGAUCUACGAAUUUGAUACCGUACAACCCUCGAAACCCGCCGAGCCUCAGUUUACCGAGUACAAUGCAACUCCGGAUUCAUUCUCUAGCUCCGACUUUUCCACGCUGCCCUGCCUUGAUUACGAAAUCCUCAACGGAGAUUCGGGGCUGGAGGACUGGGUUGGCGCGGACUUCCAGCUGUUCCCCACCGACCUUGGCUACGAGAGCUACCCCGGGAGCCUGUUUCUUGACAAUCAAGUGAUAGACCUCUCUUCUAGUGACGAUGAAGCGAAUCCCAAGACAAAAGCUGCCAGGCUGACGCCGCCAGAAAGUGCUUGCACCGUGUACAACUGCAGUCACUGCCCGCGUGUAUUUCAAAAGCGACAUGAACUGAAUCGGCACUUGCUCAAACACAACAGGCCUUUCUCAUGCACUGUCCUUGACUGUGGUCAAUCAUUCGCAGAAAAGCGAGGACUUGACCGCCAUAUUCAGUCCCGCCAUGCACGCAUCAACAAAAUCCAGUGUCGAUAUUGCAAUUACAGCUCCACGCGUUCGGACGCAGUACAGAGACAUCUCAAAACAAAGCAUGGAGUCAAAGUCAGCUUCCACGGUGGUAUGUCAACUGCAACCAUAUCUCAGAUUCAAGGAUAAAUGCGGGAUAUCUGGCAAGAAAAGCGGGAGAAUCAUGGUUCCAACUUGAAGAGCUCAUUUCCAUUUCUUGGGUAUUGAUGAAAUGACGGGCAAUGUCCCAAUGGCUUGGAAGGCGUUUUUCCAUUUAAUGUGUUCAUACUUAGGCGCAAAUAGGGUCGAGAAAUGUACUUGCUUAUGCCUAAAGAAUCCCACUCCUAUCUUCGCGCAAGUGAUCCACCCUCACCCAAGAGGCCUG